AUGUUCGAAGACGACAAUGGGCACCGCUUUUCUGCGGCCGAACGAAAGCACAGACUGUGUAUAGUCCUUCAAUUCCUCUUCUCAAAGAACAGGACAGAAAUGGCUCCCUGGCCCGAACAACAAGCGCGAGAGUGGUACGAGUCGCAGGGUUGGCGACAGGGGGCCAAUUUUAUCCCCAGUACGGCCGCCAAUCAAAUCGAAAUGUGGCAGAAUUUUGACGAAGAAACCAUCCAACGAGAACUCAGCUGGGUUUCCCGCAUAGGUUAUAACGCAGUACGAGUCUUCCUUCACGAUUUGGUCUGGAAGCACGAAAAGGAAGACUUCUUCGACAAGGUGGACCGAUUCCUGACUCUCGCGGACGGCCUAGGCAUUCGGACAAUUCUGGUACUACUUGAGGGGAUUUGGGAUCCAGUCCCAACAUAUACAGAAAAUCAGUCGCAGCUGCCUCCACGACCGGCUGUCCAUAACAGCCGCUGGCUGCAAUCUCCAGGUCGACAUGUUUUGGAGAAUAAAACUCUGCACGAAUCUUAUUUGCGUCUUUACGUGGAACAGGUUAUUGGCAGAUUUGGAAAUGAUACCAGAGUAUUAAUGCUCGAUUUGUUUGACCAACCUGAAAAUGACAACCGAAAGUCGUACGGAUCGUAUGGAAAUCGUGUGGAGGUUUGCCAAGACGCUCUCGGGACCGAAAUGAGCGGAGACUUAAAGGCCCAACUCAUCAAGGAGCUGGUGCCGAGAUUGCUGAACUGGGUAUGGUCUCUGGGACCAAGAUCCGUUCCCUUCACUAUCCCAGCGUGGACUGCUGUUGAUGACAAUGAUGACUCUAAUUACGGAAAGAUACAAGGCGAACUCCGCCAUCUGUAUUUGAACUCGUCAGAUAUUAUUACGUUCCACAAUUACGCAAACCUUACUCAACUGCUGAACGUGUUGGGCGAAAUACGUGAUGUCUAUCCAGGUCGUCCUGUCGCGUUGUCUUCCUUCAUGGCCCGUGAGUCACAUAGCACGUUGGAUCCGAUUCUGCAAAGAAUGUAUCAAGAAAAUGUUUGGGCUUUGCAUUGGGGCUUUGUAGCUGGAAAGAUACAAACAAUAUAUCCUUCAGACUCGUGGAACAUUGAAUACUCAGUCAAAAAGGAACCCCUUCCCUGGCAUCAUGAUUUGUUACGGCCCAACGGAACGUUUUAUUCCAAGUCCGAACAAGCCUAUCUGUCCUCCUUCCGGAGUUCCUUACCAACGUACAGAAUUGGCGAAACAGGAUGGGAUUCAGUAUCUGUCACCGCUUUGGCAGGCUGCUUACUCGUUUUGCUUACAGUCUUGCUACUGUUGAGGAAUAAGUUUCCCCUUAUCUAG